UGCAAUAUGUCCACACCCCAGCAUAAAGCAAUCCACUUCGGGGCCGGAAAUAUUGGUCGCGGCUUCAUCGGACCUCUUCUUGUCGAUUCAGGCUACCAUGUUGUAUUCACCGACGUCAACAAGGAGGUCAUCCAACAGUUGAAUGACCAGGACUCGUACGACGUACUCAUUCUCGACGAGGACGAAGAAUACCAUAACUCUGUGUCCAACGUCUCCGGUGUCGUCUCGACGUCAGACGACGUCAUUCACGAGUUUGCAGACUCAACCGUCGACCUCGUCACCACUGCUGUCGGCCCGACCAUUCUCGAGAAGAUCGCUGCGACGAUCGCGAAGGGCAUCCACGCCCGCCGCGAGGCGAAGGGCGGGCCUUUGAACAUCAUUGCUUGCGAGAACAUGGUCAACCAGACCUCGCUUCUGCGCGACCACGUCUUCUCAAACCUGCCUGAAGAGGACAAGGCUUGGGUCGAAGAGAACGUCGGCUUCGCCAACUGCUCUGUCGACCGCAUCGUCCCACCGUUUGACCCAUCCCAGAGCGGGAGCUCCCUCGAUGUCGGCGUCGAGGGCUUCUACGAGUGGGUGGUGGAUAAGGAUGCCCUGCGUCGUACGCACGCUCCCGUCAACCUGAAGGGCGUGAAGCUCACGACGGAGCUCCAGGCGUACAUCGAGCGCAAGCUCUUUACCCUCAAUUGUGGUCACGCCAUGACGGCCUACCUCGGCUACCUGAAGGGCCUGGACACUAUCGACGUUGCGAUCCGUGACAGCGAGGUUCACGACACCGUCCGCGCCGCGUUCUGUAACGAAGCUGGCGCCGCGCUCGUUCGAAGACACAAGUUCGAUGAGGAGGAGUACCGCCAGUACGUCGAUAAGAUCCUGGAGCGCUUCGCGAACCCGCGCCUCAAGGACGAGGUCGUGCGCGUCGGCCGCGAGCCCCUCCGGAAGCUCUCGAAGGGCGACCGACUGCUGGGUCCAGCAAGUAUGGCGCUCGAGUACGGGCUGCCGACGGACAACCUGUCGAAGGGUAUCGCCGCGGCUUUCUUGUAUGACGCUCUCGACGAUAGGCAGGCCGCGGAGCUUCAGAAGCGUAUCGAGAGCGAGGGCAUCGGGAAGGUCGUCGCGGAUGUUACUGGCUUUGAGGAAGGCGGUGAGGAGCAUAAGAGGAUCUUGGAAGCCUACGAGGAUCUCCGGCGCAAGUACCGGUCGUCGAAGUGAACCGGGACGCUCUCGAGAAAUGUAUCGUUUUGUUCAGACACAGUCUACAAUGAUGGACACUGAUCACCGCGCACUGUACAUAACAUUGGCGUCGCACAGCGGAACUAAUGGUUCUCGCAUUUUACCCUGUAUAUGUAUAGUACCUACGCAUCCCUUACGAGGACUUACCUGGUAGCUAAACCAAACCACCAUGUAAUGGCAUCUACACUUUCA